AUGGCGACCCUGCCUCCGACCCCGACGCCCACCAUGGCCACUAACCACGAGUCUACGCAGCCGACGUGCCAGAACUGCCAGACCAGCACAACGCCGCUAUGGCGACGCGACGAGAUGGGCUCCGUCCUCUGCAACGCCUGCGGUCUUUUCCUCAAGCUGCACGGCCGCCCAAGGCCCAUCUCGCUCAAGACCGACGUCAUCAAGAGCCGGAAUCGCGUCAAGACGGUGCGCCCGGACAUGCAGAUGAAGAAGAAGGUAAGUCGGCGCAUUCCGCCGCGCGCCGGCCUCGAGACGCUUGCUCACUUUGUUCUCCAGCAGAGCCUGCCAGCUUCGGUCGCUGAUUCGAACGGCUUCAACACACAAGGCCAUGAGAACGCUGCUGCCGCCCUCGCUGCCGUCCGCCGGUCCUCGCAGCACAAGCCCAACGGCCAUGACGACUCCCCCCUAUCGCGUACCGGCACGCCUUCCAUGUACGACCCUCACUUGCCCGUCUUCAACGGCGUCGAUGGCCACCAGUACCAAUCGUCCGGAUUGCCUCAAUACCCCCUCCCGACCGGUGGUUCCCCUGGUCGCCCGGGCUCACCGAUGAACGGCGAGGCGCGACUUGAUGCUUCAGAAACCCGUGAGCAGCUCAUCGCGAACAACUCGAGCCUAAAGACACGUGUCAGUGAGCUUGAGGUCAUCAACGAGCUCUUCCGCAGUCGCUUGACCCAACUUGAGGCAGACCAGAUGAGCUCAGACAACUUCCGCCACCAGGCCGAAGAGGCUGCUAGGACCGAGGCAGAAGAGCGUCAGAGACGCGAAGAUAUCCAGCGCAAGCAUGAGGAGACACAGCGACAGCUCGACGACAGCCACCGCCGUGAGAACGCCUUCAAGCGACGACUUGAUGAGAUGGAACAGGAGCUAAAGGACGCCAAGGAGCAGAUUGAGAAGUUGGAGAAAGAUGCCGUGGAGGACCGUCCAUCCAAGAAGCCUCGUCUUGAGGAGUCUGCCAAGGAGGAAUCCGAGGCAGCUCCCACGCCUCAGUCAACCUCAUGA